GCGGUUUCUGACAAUAAUAUGAUUUUGUUUAUGUUAUCGUAAAUUCAACAUGGCGUCUCUUUCAGUCUGUGUUUCAUCGAGUCUUGUGUAGACUCUCACUCUCUCAGUACGCAGUUGUAAACUAGGUUUCGUCUCACUCAGUAAUGGCCUCUUCUUCCAGAAUGGAGGCAAACAAAGUUUGUUGCUACGCACACCCUGAUGCCCCUCUGAUUGAGGACUACAGAGCUGGAGACCAAAUCUGCUCUGAUUGUGGUCUCGUCGUAGGCGAUAGGGUGAUUGAUGUUGGAUCCGAGUGGCGUACAUUUUCCAAUGAGAAGUCGGGCACAGACCCCUCUCGUGUCGGUGGCCCAGAGAACCCUUUGCUGAAUGGAUCAGACUUAUCAACAGUGAUUGGACCAGGCCGAGGAGAUGCCUCCUUUGACGACUUUGGCGUUUCUAAAUACCAAAACAGGAGAACUAUGAGCAGUUCAGACAGAGCGUUGAUUAACGCUUUCCGGGAAAUCAACGGCAUGGCAGACAGAAUCAACCUUGCAAAGACAAUUGUCGACAGAGCAAACAACUUGUUCAAGCAGGUUCAUGAUGGCAAGAAUUUAAAAGGGCGCUCAAACGACGCCAUAUCUUCGGCGUGCUUGUACAUUGCCUGCAGACAGGAAGGAGUUCCACGCACAUUCAAAGAAAUUUGUGCAGUCAGCAAGGUCUCAAAGAAGGAAAUUGGACGUUGCUUCAAGCUCAUCCUGAAGGCUUUGGAGACUAGCGUGGACUUGAUUACCACUGGAGACUUCAUGUCAAGAUUUUGUUCCAAUCUUUCCCUGCCCAAUAUGGUACAAAAGGCUGCAACCCACAUUGCGAGAAAAGCGGUGGAACUGGACAUCGUGCCUGGUCGCUCUCCAAUUUCUGUUGCUGCAGCCGCAAUUUACAUGGCUUCUCAGGCGUCUAACGACAAGAGAAGUCAAAAGGAAAUUGGCGACAUUGCUGGUGUUGCUGACGUUACUAUUCGUCAGUCCUACAAACUCAUGUACCCAAUGGCUGCGCAGCUAUUCCCAGCAGAUUUCAAAUUUGCCACUCCGAUUGAAGAUCUACCUCAGAUGUAAUUUCCUGCUGAAGCCUUUUUAGUUUUAAGACCGUUAUCAUCGGAUGGAUAUUUAAAACUGACUGCACCAUGAUUUGCAUUGAUUAAUUUUUCUUGUGUCUUGUCUGUAAAGCUUUUUCCUUUUAACUGAGCUUAUCUCAAAUUGAAAAUUUAUGUUAGCUACUGUCAGAAUUUAAAUUUUCAGUGAAUGCAUGGAGUAAAUAAAAAUAUACUUUUUCACGUA